AUGUCCAAGCCGCAAAUUGAUGAGGAUGUUGAAAAGUCGUCCUCGCAGCCCCGUCACGGCUUUCCAGCCGUCGCCGCAUUCAUCGCCAGCGACCCAGAUCAUGAGACAUACAUCUUUCGCAAAUUCAAUACGCUGACCGCGCGGAAUCUCAUACACUUGCAAAGCGAGAUCCUGGAUUUGCAACAGCAGCUGCAGGAAUAUGACGAGAAAGCGCAGUCGGGAAACGACUCUCGACUCAUGCUGUCGCUGCGGCACUGGGAGAUUCUUAAGACUUGCGCACGAGACCGCGACGGUGAUGAGAGAAAGUUGAAGGCUUUGGCGGACGAGAUCGCCGUCAAAUUGGACAAAUAUCAGCAAGCGCUCCUGCAAGCAGCGGCAGUGAUGCGACUCGAAGCCCCGAAUCCUCGCGCAUUGAGCAUAUACAAAUAUCAAUUCGAUCAAAUGGACAUUCGAGGAAACUCCGCAGGUCUGCUGGACGAGAAAGAGGAUCUCGUGGCACUACGGGCACCGGCCGACAGCGAUUUCCUUUCACGCCUGACGAGAGAAAAUUGGCCAUUCCCAUCGAUCGCCGGUGAAGGUCAAGUUGGAUAUUUCCGAGAGCGACACUUGCGUACGUUCGUCGCGGCGAUGAGCGUCAUAGUUGCGGGAAUCCUGUUGAUCGGGUCGAUCUUGACGCUGUAUUUUGUGCAGCACCCAGACGCCCGCUUGGGGCUGCUACUGUUAUUUAUUCUUCUGUUUGCGGUCAGCAUGCGUAUCAGCACAACAGCCACGCGCGACAGUAUCUUUGCAGCGACUGCUGCUUACGCCGCAGUGCUGAUCGUGUUUGUCUCUGGAGAUCUUGGGAGAGCGAAUCAAAGUUGA